AUGCUUCGGUUGUGUGCGCUUGUUCUGCUAGGCUGUGUGAACAAUUUCAUUGCCUCGCCUUUGCAUUCUGACGUACCUAAAACCUUUUUGGAACAUGAAGUCGUGCCCGAUGUGUUAUCUGUGGCGCCUGCUGAAUAUUUGACCGUAAAAUUCCCGAGUGGUGCAGAAGUGAAUGGUGGCAACGUGCUAACUCCUACCCUGGUGAAGGACCUCCCCUCACUCUCGUGGAAUGCAAACCCUGACCUCUUCUAUACUGUUGUGAACACUGACCCCGACGCUCCCUCUCGUGCAGAGCCAGUAUGGCGGGAGUUUGCCCACUGGCUGGUGGGCAACGUGCCAGGAGAUGACAUCGCGUCAGGAGACCAGCUAAUGCAGUACUUCGGAGCCGGACCAUCACUCGGCAGCGGCCUGCAUCGCUAUGUGUUCCUAGUCUACCAACAACCAGCUAAACUGGAUUUUGACGAGCCUAGGAUAAAUUUAACAGCAGCAAACCGUGAUUACUUCUCGAUCGCCAACUUCGCCAAGAAGUACAACUUGGGAGAUCCCAUCGCGGGCAACUUGUACCAAGCUGAGUACGACGAUUACGUGCCGAUUUUGUACGAACAACUCGGCAUUUAA